GUCUGCUCGUAUGCUCGCUAUUACAAAAAAUGUCUAUAUCCAAAAAUGAAUUUGAAAAUAAUAUUGAUAUUAAAUUAUCAAAAUCAGAAGAAUUUUGGUGGUUUAGAGAUAAUGAAAAACAGAAUUACUGA